AUGAUAUAAGGUAGCUGUAGCGCAGUUUCUAGGUAAGUCCUUUUCAGUCUCAGUCGACCUCAAUAUCUCUUCGACAUUCCACAGUGUCAAUCCUCAACCAGACAGCAGCCAUGGCGACAGAACAAGUCGUUCUGCCCUCCGAGGUACACUCAUCACAGAAAAGCUACCCCAGCAGCCUCGACGACCACGAUGUUGAGAAAGGGGUGGAAGACUCGCCGGCUCCAGUACCACAAGAUGAAGCAGACAUUGUCAACCUGCCAUACCGCACCCUCACCGAGCAAGCGCGAAUGGGCGAGUAUACGGAGGAGACAGAGACCGGCCUGAAGACAGUCCAGUCGCGGAAGUCCGGCCGCCAAGAGCAAUACGAGCUCGUCACCUUCAAACCUGGUGACAAGGAAAAUCCGAAGAACUGGAGCACGCCGUACAAAUGGUACUGCACCAUGACCGUCGCCAUCACCUGCUUUGCAGUCGCCUUCAACUCCGCCGUCAUCACUGCCGAUCUGGAAGGGGUUGCGAGGACGUUCCACGUCGGCGAGGAAGUGGCCCUGUUGACCAUCACGCUCUUCGUUGUCGGUUUCGGCGUGGGACCCAUGUUGUUCGCACCUUUGAGCGAGAUCUGCGGACGGAGACCGAUCUAUGCGGUCACGCUGCUCGUGGCCGUCAUCUUCGUCAUCCCCUGCGCGGUCGCGAAGAACAUCGGCACUCUGCUCGUCUGCCGCGCAAUCGACGGAAUCGCUUUCUCGGCCCCCAUGACAAUCAUUGGCGGCACGCUCGCAGACAUGUGGAAACCCGAAGAGCGCGGCGUACCCAUGGCCGCCUUCUCCGCAGCACCCUUCAUCGGUCCCGCAAUCGGUCCCUUAGUCGGCGGCUUCCUCUCCGACGCGCUGGGCUGGCGUUGGCUCUACUGGAUUCAACUAAUCCUCUCCGGCUUCUGCUACGUCCUCAUCACCUUCACCGUCCCCGAAACCUACGCGCCAACCCUGCUCGCGCGCCGCGCAAAGAAACUCCGUAAAGAGCUCAACUCCGACCGCUACGUGACGGAACAAGACCUUGACAUGCGGCCUCUCACGGAACGCCUAGCCAUCUUCCUCAUCCGACCCUUCCAACUCCUCUUCAUGGAACCCAUCGUCCUCUUCGUCUCGAUCUACAUGAGCGUGUUGUACGGCUUGCUGUACAUGUUCUUCAUCGCCUAUCCGAUCGUGUACCAAGAAGGCAAAGGGUACAACGCCGGCACGACAGGGCUAAUGUUCAUCCCCAUCGCCGUGGGAGUCCUCGCAUCAGCGUGUUGCGCUCCGUUCAUCAACAAGCACUACCUCAGCCUGGUCAAGAAACACAACGGCAAACCUCCCGCGGAAGCCCGACUGAUCCCCAUGAUGUUCUCCUGCUGGUUCAUCCCCAUCGGUCUCUUCAUCUUCGCAUGGACCUCAUACCCACGGCUGAACUGGGUGGGACCGGCAUUGGGAGGCUUCCCCGUCGGCUUCGGCUUCAUCUUCCUCUACAACAGCGCCAACAACUAUCUCGUGGAUUCGUACCAGCACCAAGCCGCUUCCGCUCUCGCCGCCAAGACGUUCUUGCGCUCGUUCUGGGGUGCGAGUGUGGUGCUGUUUACAAUCCAGAUGUACCACACGCUCGGCUAUCAGUGGGCUUCUACACUGUUAGCGUUCAUUGCGCUAGCUUGCUGCGCGAUUCCGUAUGUGUUUUAUUUCUAUGGCGCGCAGAUUAGGAAGAGAAGCCGUUUCGCGUACGCGGGUGAUGAAGAGGAUGCUCGGAAGGGUCCGCAAUAGAUAUAGACGGCAGUGAGCGAGUGAUGUAAUCUAAUAUGUUCA